AUUUCAAUUCUAUUUUAUAUUAUAAUAUUAUUAUACAUAUAUAUAUAUUAAAUCCCGAGAGGCAGACCCUUGCAAGGUAUGUUCCCGGCUACCUCCAUUCAUCUUCCCUCCCGCUGCUGCUGCUGCUGCUACUGAUCAAUGACUUUCUUCCUGUACCAACGAUUCUCGAGUCUUUGUUUGGUAACCGAGGUCUGGUCAGGUGGUAUCAGAGAUACUUGACAAGAUAAGAUGUAUUAGAGACCUCUGAACCAUUGUUCAACUCAACCUAAUAUGUGCAUGCGGGCUGUUGAGUCGGCCGGUUCCUUCUGCAAGCGGAUUGACUAGAGGGAAUGGUAAUGGAUGUGAUAACAAACUCUUCUCUUGAUCCAUUAAUGGACUGUCUCUCUCAGAUUGUUCAAGCUAUCAUUGAGCUCAUAUUAGCCUCAGAAAAUGUCCUUGUUGAGAAGAAGAGCUUCUCGGAACUCUCGUCUUACUUGCAUAGGAUUGUUCCGCUCUUGAAUGAGCUGAAUAAGAAAGGCAUGACUGAUUCUGAAGGCUUGACUAAUUUCAUGGAGAUUCUAGACCAUGCACUUAAGGAAGCAAAUAAACUGGUCAAGGACUGCAGUGAAAGGAACAGGUUUUAUCUCUUUGUCAAUUCUCGAUCAAUUGCAAAGCAGAUUGGCCAUAUUACGAAAGAGAUUAUUCGUGCGAUAAACUGCAUUCCUUUUGCCUCCUUAGAUAUUUCAUUGAAAAUCAGGGAAGACAUUGGCCAUCUCAUUAGUAGCAUGCAGGCUGCUGAGUUCCAGACUGCGGUGGCUGAAGAAGAGAUUCUGCAAAAAAUAGAGUCAGGCAUACAGAAAAGGAAUGUUGAUUGUAGCUAUGCCAAUAAUUUGUUGGUGUCGAUUGCCAAGGCUAUUGGAGUUUCAACUGAUCGUUCAGCAUUAAGAAGGGAAUUUGAUGAUUUCAAGAGUGAAAUAGAUAGCUUGCGACUGAGGAAAGACAAGGCUGAAACCAUUCAAAUGGACCAAAUUAUUGCCCUGCUGGAAAGGGCUGAUGUUGCUCUGUCUAUUGAAGAUCGAGAAAAAAAAUACUUAACCAAGAGAGAAGCUUUGGGUACACAGCCAUUGGAGCCACUUGUAUCAUUUUAUUGCCCGAUUACUAAUGAAGUUAUGGUUGAUCCCGUAGAGACACCAUCAGGGCAUACAUUCGAGAGAAGUGCUAUAGAGAAGUGGCUAUCAGAGUCAAAAGAACCCUUGUGUCCGUUUACUUCAAAUCCAUUGGACACUUCAAUGCUAAGACCUAACAAAACUCUGAGACAGUCUAUUGAGGAAUGGAAGGAGAGAAAUGCCAUGAUCUCCAUUGCUGCACUGAAAUCAAAAUUGUCAUCUGGAGAAGAGGAUGAGGUGCUUCAUUGCUUGGAGCAGCUGAGGGAUCUCUGUGAACAACGGGAAAUACACAGAGAAUGGCUAGUUUUGGAUAACUACCUCCUGAGCCUUGUUGAGCUUCUUCGUGUGAGAAAUCGGGAUGUUAGAGCUGGAGCACUUCGAGUCCUUUGCUUGCUAACAAAAGAAAAUGAAGAUGCCAAGGGAAGAAUUUCUAAGGUUGAGAAUUCCAUCCAACUAAUUGUUCAGCUUCUUGCACGUAGCCCUGGGGAAAGAAAAUUGGCUGUGGCAUUACUUCUGGAACUUUCAAAAUCUGAACUGAUCCGCGAGUGCAUUGGCAAGUUCCAGGGCUGCAUUCUUCUUCUUGUCACAAUGUUGAAUAGUACCGACGAUCAAGCUGCCACAGAUGCUCAGAAAGUGUUGGAAAAUCUUUCAUACUCUGAUGACAAUGUUAUCCUGAUGGCCAACAAUAACUAUUUUAAAUAUCUUCUUGAACGUCUAGCUUCUGGCUCAGAAUCUGAUCAUGUUAAGAAGAGAAUGGCAAAAACCUUGGGCGAUAUGGAAUUGACUGAUCACAACAAAUCUCUCCUAGUUGAAAGCGGUGUCCUGGAUUUACUACUUGUCUUAGUCUCGCAUAAUGAGCUAGAAAUGAAGCAAGUAGCCAUUCGAGCACUUUUGAAUCUUUCCAAGUUGAAAAGGAACGGCCAGCAGAUAAUAAAGAAAGGUGCAGUCCAUACUUUGUUGGACAUUCUCUACCGCCAAACAUCGUCGCAGAGUCUGCGUGAACUAGCUGCUGCCACCAUAAUGCAUCUUGCUUUAUCAACUAUACCUGAAGAUUCUGAUUUAACACCUGUUCCAAUGUUGGACUCUGAUGAGGAUAUUGCCAAGCUCUUCUCCCUAAUUAGUCUAACAGGCCCUGAUCUGCAGCAAAAGAUCCUCCGGGCUCUUCAUGCCUUGAGUCUAUCUCCAUCUGCUGAUAUGGUCAAGUCUAAACUAAAGGAGUGUGCAGCUGUCCAGAUGCUGUUUCGAUUGGUCGAGGGUGAUGAUGCCAAUUUACGAGCAAGUGCUGUUAAGUUGUUAGGUUGCUUGACUGAAGAAGGUGAUGAGGCCGCUGUGUCCGAACAUGUGACGAAGAGUUCGGUUGAAACCUUGCUCAAGAUCCUUACGACAUCUGGUGAUGACGACGAAAUCUCCUCUACAUUGGGUAUAAUUGCUAACCUUCCAAAGUCUGCUGAAAUCUCUCGGUGGCUGCUGGAGUCCGGAGAUCUCCAAACAGUUUUUAACUUUCUCGAUAGCAACGGUAGUAUUAGUGGCCGCCCUAGCCAUAAGUUCAUAGAGGAUGCCGUGGGAGCUAUUUGUCGGCUAACCAUUAAAACGAGCCUGGAGCUGCAGAAGAAAGUAGCGGAUGCCGGCGUCAUCCCUUUGUUGGUGAACUUGCUACAGACAAGGAGCCGCCUAACAAUAAAACGAGCCGCCACUUGCCUUGCUCAGCUCUCGGAGAGCUCUCCGCAGCUGAGCAGGCAAAUGUCAAGGCGUCCAAAGUUGUGGUGUUUCUCAGCCAUACCAGAGGCCGCCUGCCCCGUACACAUGGGAGUGUGUACAGUUGCGUCGUCAUUCUGCCUACUGGAGGCAGCAGCCGUCGGGCCUCUGGUCGAGGCCCUCGGGAAUGCUGAUCCCACGGUGUGUGAGUCUGCGCUGGAUGCCCUCCUGACUUUGAUGAGCGAGGAACGGCUGCAGAGGGGUUGCAAGGUGCUGGGCGAGGCCGGGGCGGUGCCGGCUAUCAUAAGCUUGCUGAGCAGCCCAUCCCCGGGUCUGCAGGAGAAGGUUCUGAACUGCGUGGAGAGGAUUUUCCGGCAGGUGGAGUACAAGCAGAGGUACGGAGCCUUAGCAAACAUGCCGCUGGUGGACUUGACCCAGAGAGGAAACGCCAGGGUGAGGUCGUUAGCUGCCAGGGCACUUGCCCGACUCAGCAUGCUUCACGAGCAGUCGAGUUUUUUCUAGGGACUCAGGUUCGAUUCGGUUCGGAGAUUCUUUUUGGUAUUGUAUUGUAUUGUAUUGUAUGGUACCGUGCCUAAGUAAAUAAUAAGUAGUUAGCAGUAGUAGUAGCAGCACAAGAUAUGUAUGUAGGGAGGGAGGGAGGGAGAGCUGGGAUUACAAAUAGUAUCACUUACUGCUACGACUAUUUACCACAUAUUCUUUUAUA